UGUGCAGGUGGGAAAACCCCCCAAUGCCCGGCGCUGGGACCGUGCACCCCGUUCGGGAACAGGACCGAAGGGGGCAGGUGACUGCGCCCAGAUUUAGUACCUCAAAACAGACUCUCAUGUGGAUUCCAGAUUCCUUUUUUUCCAGCUUGCUGAGCGGGAGAAUUUCAACACUUCGAGAUGAAACUGGUGCUAUAUUUAUUGAUAGAGAUCCGGCAGCAUUCGCACCCAUUUUAAAUUUUCUUCGGACAAAAGAAUUAGACUUAAGGGGAGUGAGUAUUAACGUUCUCAGGCACGAAGCCGAGUUUUACGGAAUCACUCCGUUAGUGAGAAGGCUCCUGCUGUGCGAAGAGCUGGAGCGCUCGUCCUGCGGCAGCGUCCUCUUCCACGGCUACCUGCCCCCACCAGGUAUUCCUAGUCGUAAAAUAAACAACACAACUAGGUCCUCGGCCGAUUCUAGGAGUGGACUGAACUCUGUGGAAGGUGAGGCUCGGGGAGGUGGUGCCCAGCCCGCCCUCUCCGCCUCUGGCGAGGAGCCUGCCAGGCUAGGAUUUCCUGUGGACCCACGCAAGGUGCUGAUCGUGGCUGGCCACCACAACUGGAUCGUGGCUGCCUACGCCCACUUCGCUGUCUGCUACAGAAUCAAAGAGUCCUCCGGGUGGCAGCAGGUGUUCACAAGCCCGUAUUUGGACUGGACAGUUGAACGAGUAGCUCUGAAUGCGAAGGUGGUCGGAGGUCCCCAUGGAGACAAAGACAAAAUGGUUGCCGUGGCCUCGGAGAGUAGCAUCAUCCUGUGGAGCGUCCAGGAUGGAGGAAGCGGAACGGAAAUCGGAGUGUUCAGCCUCGGCGUCCCCGUAGACGCUCUCUUCUUCAUCGGUAACCAGUUGGUGGCCACGAGCCACACGGGGAAGGUGGGCGUGUGGAACGCCGUCACUCAGCACUGGCAGGUUCAAGAUGUCGUCCCCAUAACUAGUUAUGACACUGCUGGGUCGUUCCUUCUGCUCGGGUGUAACAACGGGUCCAUCUAUUACAUCGACAUGCAGAAGUUCCCUUUGCGGAUGAAGGACAACGAUCUCCUGGUGACUGAACUCUACCACGACCCUUCCAACGACGCCAUCACAGCGCUGAGCGUUUACCUCACCCCCAAAACAAGUGUCAGUGGGAACUGGAUUGAGAUCGCCUACGGUACCAGCUCUGGGGCAGUGCGGGUGAUCGUGCAGCACCCCGAGACGGUGGGGUCGGGCCCGCAGCUCUUCCAGACCUUCACCGUGCACCGCAGCCCCGUGACCAAGAUCAUGCUGUCCGAGAAGCACCUCGUGUCCGUCUGUGCAGAUAACAAUCACGUCCGGACGUGGACGGUGACACGGUUCAGAGGCAUGAUCUCGACUCAGCCCGGCUCCACUCCUCUCGCCUCGUUCAAGAUCCUGUCUCUGGAGGAGACGGAGAGUCCCGGCAGCUACUCCUCUGGGAACGACAUCGGGCCCUUUGGUGAGCGAGAUGAUCAGCAGGUGUUCAUCCAGAAAGUGGUCCCCAUCACCAACAAGCUGUUCGUCAGGCUGUCCUCCACGGGGAAGAGAAUAUGUGAGAUCCAAGCCGUGGACUGCACGACCAUCUCCGCCUUCACCGUGCGGGAGUGCGAGGGCUCCAGCAGGAUGGGCUCCCGGCCCCGGCGCUACCUGUUCACCGGCCACACCAACGGCAGCAUUCAGAUGUGGGACCUGACCACCGCCAUGGACAUGGUCAGCAAGAGCGAGGACAAGGAUGCAGGCGGCCCGACGGAGGAGGAGCUGCUGAAGCUGCUGGACCAGUGCGACCUGAGCACCUCCCGCUGCGCCACGCCCAGCAUCAGCCCGGCCGCCUCCGUGGUGCAGCACAGCCGGCUCCGCGAGGCCAGCUCCAGCCUCCAGCUGCAGCAGCAUGAGACCAUCCACGAGGCAGCCACGUAUGGCUCCAUGCGGCCGUACCGGGAGAGCCCGCUGUUAGCCCGGGCGCGGAGGACUGAGAGCUUCCACAGCUACCGCGACUUCCAGACCCUCAACCUGAACAGAAACCUGGAGCGCGCUGUGCCCGAAGACGCCACCUCGGGCCCCAUCCAGGCGGAGGUGAAGCGGGCGGCGGGGGACUGUGCUGGGGCCGAGAGCAAGGCUCCUGGAGCCGAAACGAGAAGUGCGAGAGAGUCCGAUGGUGGGUCGGAAGCGCACAGAGCAGCCGAAGCUGCCCCGGAACCCAAGAAGAGGGCGCCCGAGGAUGACGGUGACAAAGGGGAGCUCCGCAAGAGAGGCGGGUUCGACGGAGGAGGGCUCCUGGGCAGGAAGAAAGGGCCCCACCUGGCCUCCUCGCCCAGCACCUCCGAUGGAGGCACCGACUCGCCCGGGACCGCGUCCCCCUCUCCCACCAAGACCACACCGUCCCCUCGGCACAAGAAGAGCGACUCCUCGGGGCAGGAGUACAGCCUGUGAGCUCACCUGGCAGGUAGGGGUGUUGUUCAUUCAGAGCAGGGGUGGGGAACCGUUUCCUGCCAAGGGCCCUUUGGCUAUUUGACAUUACGUGCAGGCCAUACGAAUUACCAACUUCAACGUGAGCCUGCUGCAUGUGGUCGGACAUGUAAUGGCCUCGCCACCCAGGCCCAGGCAGGGCCUCGUGCGGCCUGUGGGCCGGACGUUCCCCACCCCUGCUGUAGAUGGAAGUCCAGCUCCUGGAUCCAGUACACUAGCUUCUACACCAAAACUUGACAAAAACGUCGGACUUCACUUAGUAUCUUUUUCACAGAAUGAGAUGGAGUAAUGAGAAAAAAACUAGAGCUCUUUGACCUUUUUGAAGAUUAUUUUUAGGUUUACAAGCACGUUCAAUUGAUCAUUUGUAAAGCUAGUCCAGGGAGCUCAGAAAUACGUGUAGGAACCACCCCACCUUAACCAGAUGGCACCGUAUCGGUGAGCCCCCCUGAGAACAUGGGAUCCAACCGCCCACAUUCCUCACGUAGAUGAUGCCUGAGGCCUGCCUUCUCUGCGUGGAACUUAGUCUCUCACCCUAAUUGUGAUUGCACAGUGUUUACCUGAUACUUAACGAGGUGCUAUGUUUGUGGAAAAAUACCGUGUCACUCAAAACACUAUUGAUGUUGAACACCAGGCUGCCCUGGUGGCAGAGUCGCUGAGGGUACUUGUAAGUGUAGGUCUUAAAUCUUAGCACGCAUCACCAAUAGUAAAUGCCCAAAGUCCACUUCAACUUUCUUUCAAGUGGGAGCAGUUGUCUGUGUUUGAACAGAUGGAAUGAUAAGGACAAAGCUAUGAGCGCCCAGAAGGGAACACUACCAAGGGCGAGUCUGCCUCGUGUAGGAGCCACCGUGUUAAUAAUCCAAACUAUUAAAUCAGAACGUGGCUACUUUGUUAAUCACUUAAUUGCCACACGUCCAAAACAGAACCAUCCCCCUUUCUUCCAUAUGCGCUGGAAUAUUUACGAAUUUAAGUUACCAUCAUUUUCUUUACAAACCCAGAGAUGUCACUAACAAGUCUGAUUUUAAAAUUGGGCGACCAGAGUUGAUAUGCGAGGUUUGCGACUAUCCAUGCGCGUGGGGAAGGUCCGCCGCUUGCGCCUAUAGAUGCUUACGAGACUACAGCUCUGAAAUUUUUGUCAAAGGUUUGGGCUGCUGCAAAAAAGUUAUUUUGAAUAUAUUUUAAAUUGUAAGAAUAAAAGAUAAUUUUUUUGUAUUUUUUUUCCAUGUGAUUGGAAUGACUUUCAAGUAUCUGCAAAUAGGGUAAUUGUGAAGCAUUAAGCAUUUAUUGGUGAAAAAUGUAUAUAUUCUCAUUCCAGGAAAUAAGUGAGUAAAAUUGAAUAAAUGCUUUAAAGUUUACCAUAUUGCCAGUGGUUUCACAACCGUUCUCUUGUAUUUAUUUAUCAAGUAAAAUAAAAAUGAUGAAGACUA